UGUAACAUGAAUGUAUCAAUUAAUAAUUCUAAUGGUGUGUUCUUUUGUGGAACGGUUCGCGUUUACUGCAUAUUGUAUGAUAGUGUCCAAUAGCGAUCGCAUUUAAUUGUAGCGCCAUUAAACACUUUUAAUUCAUAAUCAAGUUAUGUCUAUAUUAAUGUGAAGUAAAGGAAAUCAAAUAAAGAGGAUUAUUGGAUAUCUGUCUUGUUUUCAGUAACUCGCACAUUUUUCAAGGAUUUUAAGGAUACAAAAUAUGAUACUAAAAUUUAUGAAAAUCUGUCUUUUGUGUACAGGACUUUUCGUGCUGACUACACUUAUACUAAAGGGCAAAACAGUGCACAAUAUGAACAUUAAAAUGAUUUCUACACCAGUAAGAUCUAUCAGCACUGCACAACCGGAAACUCUUUUCUUAAACGGAAAGCCAACCCUUGUGUUUGGUAAAAACUUCAGAGCACAUAUAUUGUCUGUAUUAAAACAUUCUGAACUUACAUUGACAGCUCUUUUACGAAAACAGGAACAUAUCAGAAAUAUGUCGGAACACAUCGUAGUAACGGGAUGGAUUGCAAGAGGAAACAGAACGUUGAGUACAUUGCAAAUAUAUUGCUGCUUUUAUCAUGCCGACAAUCGUAUUUCGUCGGUAAAAGCUGACAUACGUAAAACACAUUUUGAAAGGAGCCGAGCACGUUUCGAUGCUUUACAAUGCGUGUGUCCGGUAUAUUCUGCGACUGUCCCUGUGAUAAAAGUUUCACUCAAAGAAGGUCGCAGUACAUGCACUAAAAAUGUCACUCAGUAUGUACAAGUAGAGACCAUUCCAAAACGCAAAAUCGACGGCGUUGCAUUGUGUGUCAAGGUCCUUUAUGCCAAAUUAAAAGCAAGCUUUAUGAUAGAAUGGUUUGAGGCAAUGCGAUUGCUAGGAGUUGAAAAGGUAUUCGGUUACAUAAAUAAAGAUUUAAAUAAUGAUGCAAAGAAUGUGGUCAAGUAUUAUGAAGAAAUGGGACUUGCAAAAGCUGUUUCAUUUGAAAUACCAGAAAAUGACACAUAUACCAGACACCUUGAUGACAAGACUUUUGCAUCCAGGAUGGACUCCGGCGUGCCGCUGCUUGACUGUAUAGAGCGAAUGCAUGAAUACAAAUACGCAGUCUGCCUAGACAAAGAUGAAAUUCUUAUUCCAGAAAAUGUGCCAUUAAAGAAUUCGCUUAAAAGAUAUUUGGCGGGAAUUUUCCAACCUAACAAGACACUUGCUAUGAUGUUAUUCAAAACAAUGGUGCAUGUAAAAUCAUGGGAUGCAGUCAAUCCUAAUCAUCCUUUGUUUAUUGGAAGAAUGGCAAACAGUACUCCUGCAAUGUGGGACAGAGAAAAGUAUGCUUUCAUACCAGAAGGACAAGUGCCUGGUUCAUGUUUCUCACAUCGUUGUCGUGUUCAGCAUGGCUACACAUCUAAAUUCAUCGAAGACAAUUCAGCAAUGAUUCACCAUUUUCGUUCCUGCCGGGAGGAAUGGAUUACAGGAAGAUCGCCAAAAUCUCAGGAAUUAUUUGUGAAUCAGUCUGAAGGAAAAAUUUGUUCAAAUUUCAUAAGAGUCAAAUCAUAUACAAUAGAAAUCUUAGCUGAUCAGAUAAAACACAAUGUCUUGAAAGUACAAUCUUUGUUAAAGAUUGGUAAAUGAUAUAAAACAAGCGCGUUUAUACAUAUGAGAGCUUUGAACAUGUCUUUGCCACCCUUGUAAAUGAUAAAUGUUAACAUCUACCAAAGUAGUUUUCUCUUACAUUCAAUACGAUAUUAGGAAAACCAGGGUCGCAGGCUUUUUAAAGGCUCAUAAUGCCUUUUUUAUUUUUUGGCUGUCACAUAUUUAUCAAUAAUUUCAUGUUAAUCUUACUUUUAGUAAUUGUUUUCUUCAAUAUUUGUCAAAGGUUUGAAUAUUGGUUUACGUAGUUCACACUGGUUAUUCGGGUACCUACUCGUGUGAGCGAUACCGCCCUCGUGUGAUUAAUGUACAUGUUGGUGAACAGGAAAUUCACACCUAUAACAGGUAAUUAUUCCGUAUUUUACUUAAGAUUUGAAAAGUUUUAGUACUAAAUGUGUAAGAUCAUACCUUAACUAUAUCCAUGUCAAAUAUCUGUCUCAUAUGAUCUGAAUAACUGUGAAAAAAUACGUUUUUUUUUGUCGCGGAAAUGAAGAUAUUUUAAGGCGAUGGUAUAUCUUUUCACGAUAAAUGGUAUUAUUUCGGAUUAUAUUAGGAAUUUUUUUAAGAAAAUGAAAAGCAGCCAUUCUGUGUAUUAGUCAUUGCUUUCAUUUCACAAAAACUUGAAGCACAGUAAAAUUAGAUCGAUUUUUUCGAAGACAGUGUUUAGAAAAUAAGAUACCUCUGACGAUGUACCAUGGUACCAUCCUCGUUGUUUCUGUCAAUCCAGCGGAUACCGUCCUCGUUAUUGAAAUGAACAUUACAUUGACGCUGAUCCCUUUUAGCUAUAAUAUGCAAUGACCAGCUAUGAUAAAGAUAAAACUUUGGUCUUUUAUACCCUCCAGCUACUGGAAGCAGCCUAUCCGAAGAAAAAUUUCUCACAUAAUUUCUUCAAGUUUGCUUUCAAGAUCCAUCUAAAUAGACACAUUCUUAGGUGUAUUUUCAAUUGAAUAUUGCGACUUCCGUACGUAUUGUCUUGUUAUUGAAGUUGUUAUGGGGUACAAAAUGUUUGCAACAAAAGCAAUGAUUAAAGUUUUCCAGAAAUGAUAUGAUUUUUGUCAAAUAUUUUAUUGCGAUCGACCCAUGUUGAGCUUCGUUUUGAGGAAUAAAGCCAGUAAUUCGGUCGAAAAUGUGCUUCGUUUGAGUAGUUGAAAGACGUCAGUAGUAAACAGAUCCUUAUUUUCCCCGGCAUUUUUGUGCGAAAAUUCGUGUAAAACAAGUGUAUUAAUCACACCUUUAUACUGCUAGAAUACAUAAUGCAUGGAAUGAGAUGAUCGAGAUACGUUUAUACACUUCAAAUACAAGUUUUGCAGAUCGAAACCGAAAGUAGGGGGUUUAGGCAUACAGACACUAAAUAGGAAAAUGGCGCGAAAUAAAAUAGAAAUAGAUACAAAUAGUCCGCAGUUUUUUUGCUCUGUAGAGCUAUUUUCCUUAUUUUCUUUGCAAUUUUUUUGCUAAAAUCACAUGACAGAUCUAUGCUUGACAUGUAAGUAGCAUUUUGAUAAUGAAGUAACAACAUGACAAAAAUUUUCAUGGAAACUUAGAUCAUACACCACCAGUAUAAUUUGGGGUCUCAUUUUUAGCUGAUUUUGCAGUUUGUGUGUUUGACUGAAAUUAUUUUUGUUGCAUCAAACAUGACCCCCACUUUUCUUUUGAUUUCUAUUUAGCACUGACACUAUUCUUCAAGAAAAUAUAGGUUACAGACAAUUAAAAUGGGUCCUGAUGUGUGCUGCGGCCAUUGGAAAUAAGUCAAUUUUAUAUAAAAUAAAGAACAACAACUAUUGUUAUAGUGUGUUAUAACCUUUAUUGUGCGGACACUAGCAUAUACGCGCCAUUUUAGGGUAGCAGACCACAACUGACUGGCAUUUUACUAGGCACUAUUCAGCUCCCACUUUAUUUUAUCGUUACUUUAACUUAUGAUAGAACUUUCAUGAAAAAUAGGUGUUGGAAAAAGUGAUGUUCUAUUAAGGUAGGUAAAGAGGGCAUGAAGUUUAGUAGGUUUGCAGUUUUGUCGAACAAUUCAAGCCCCGAGCAAUUUGCUUAUCAUCCAACUGUUGAAAGCAGACCUAAAUUGGUGGGAAAUGAAAAGAAAAAAAAAAGAAAGCGACGAGAAAUUUUGCUUGUUCUUGGUAACCAUUUGUUUAUUAUUUCAAAGUUAUUACAGCUCAUCUGAUACUUAAACUUUAGCAAAAUAUCAUCUAACCUGUCUUAUAGUUUGUUACUAAUUCUGUAUUGCAAAUGGUGAUUAUGAAUCUAAAGGUAGUAAGUUAAAGUAUAAAAAACCAAUCUACUCUUAUAUUUUGCCAUUGUAGAUUACAAGCAAGCGUUUGGUUCUGUCGAUCGUAUGUGUUUAUGGAAUAAAUUACUACAGCAUAUCAUUGAUGGGAAAGUCUUUAAGGCUGUAUAUUAUGCAAUAUAUAAUAAAGCCAAAUCUUGUGUAAAGAGUAGCAAAAGUUUAUCAAAUUUCUUUAUUAACUCAACUGGUGUAUGACAAGGUGAAAAUUUAUCACCGAUAUAAUAUUCUCUUUUCUAGAAUGAUUUAGUCUCAUAUAUGUCUAAUUAUUGUUCAGAACUAGUGGAAUUGUCAAACAAUGUAUCUAUAGGACCUGCUAAGUGAUGAUAGUUCAGAAAUGUUCUUCAAGCUAUUUUUGUUACUUUAUGCAGAUGAUUCAGUGUAAUUUGCAGAAUCUUGAAAUGAUUUACAAUCUGCAUUAAAUGUAUGUCAGAAUAUUAUAUUUGGAAACUUACAGUUAAUUCAAAUUAAACUAAGGUUGUUCUGUUUUUAACGUGGAAAAGUACAAAAUAAGUCUGCCUUUUAUCAUAAUGAUGCGGCACUUGAAGUAGUAGAUGACUUCAGUUAUCUAGGAAUUAAAUUUAACGACAAUGGUAACUUCAAUAAAACUAAAAUAUAUUUGGUUGACCAAGCUAGAAAUGCUGUGUAUGCUUUGUUGAAAAAAAUUUAGGAAGUUGCAGCUUAGUAUUGAUUCACAGUUACAUUUAUUUAAGUCUGUGGUUCAACCAAUAUUAUUGUAUGGAACAGAGGUAUAGGGAUGUGGUGAUGUUAGCAUUGUUAAAAAUUUUCAGCUUAAAUUUUUAAAAACAUUACUGAAGGUUAAAAAGACAACACCUUAUGUCAUGGUUGGUUUUUGGUGAGCUCGGGGUACUACCAAUAGAUAUUGUAAUUAGAAAUAGAAUAUUGAACUACUGGUGUACAAUUUAUUAAAUGGUAAACAAGAAAAGAUAAAUUGUAUACUUUACAGGUUCAUGUAUAGACACCAUCAGCAAAAUGUAAAUUAUUGUUCUUGGAUUUCAUACGUAAAAGAAUCUUUAGAACAACUUGGAUCUGCUGCAUUCUGGUUGAAUCAGUCAGUACUUUCACCAGUGUAUUCCGCAAUAUUCUUAUUUUAGAAUGUCCCUAUAUUGAUUUGGACAGAGUAAAAUAUUUACCAAAUGACUUUCAACUGUUAAAUGUAAUGUCAUUUCGACGUUUAUUUCAAAAUAAUGAUAGUACUCUUCUUUUUAAGUUAGCAUUGUUUGUACAGGAAAUACUUCACAAAUUUUUAGGUAGGGAUAGGUUUUUGUUACUGGCAGUUAUUUGCUGGCAAGUUAAAACAAUGUUUUCAAUCUGGUUAAUUCUAAAUGUACACCAUCUACUUUUUUAGCUUACAACAUAUUUGUAUCAGAUCUAUUAUGACCGUAAAACUAUGGUUUUAUUUUAUGUAUUAGUGUUUGUUUUGUUAAAUUUGUUGUUAUUAUAAUGC